CGCCCGGGCGCAGCUGGCGCGGUCGAUCUAGUGCAGCGCUCGGCUCCGCGCCUCGGGCGCUCGGCUUCACCUUCAGAGGCGCGGGGCGUGCGCGUCCUCUUCCCCGGGCCCGCCGCCUCCCGCCAAGGUGCUCUCCGCUGCCUGCCAUGGCUUCCAGGUAGGACAUGCAGGUUGCCCUGGCAGGUGUGUCUCUGCAGCUGGGAAGCAGAAGCCUCAUCUGAAAAUGGAGAGAUAAGACGAGGUCCGGCCCGUGUGACAGAACACCGCGCCUGCCCUGGCUGGGGAGCCCUGGUCCUGGAGAUGGAUCGCACCCGUGCGGCCGAGGUGGAGCUGAGAAGGGGCCCGAGCCCCACCGGGGCCAGCAGGAGCCCCGAGGUGGACGGAGACAAGGCCCUGAGCCACAGCUGCUGCAUCUGUGGCAAGACCUUCCCCUUCCAGAGCUCCCUGUCACAGCACAUGCGCAAGCACACAGGGGAGAAGCCCUACAAGUGUCCCUACUGUGACCACAGGGCUUCCCAGAAGGGCAACCUCAAGAUCCACGUCCGCAGCCACCGCACGGGCUCCCUGACCCAGGGCCGCGAGCCUGAGGCCGGGGAGCUGCGUGCGUCCGAGGGCCUGGACGGCUGCACCAGCCCCACCAAGAGCACCUCCGCCUGCAACAAGAUCCUCAAUGGGGCCGCCCCUGUGGACGACAGCAAGAUCCUGCUGCGUAGCAGCAAGAAGGAGGCCGAGGGGGCCGCCAGCGCCCCGGACGAGGGCAAGGCGGCCGCCCAGUGCUCCUUCUGCAAGUGCAAGUUUGAGCGCAAGAAGGACCUGGAGCAGCAUGUGCACCAGGCCCACAAGCCCUUCCGGUGCCGGCUGUGCAGCUACAUGACGUUGCGGGAGGAGUCCCUGCUGAGCCACAUCGAGAAGGACCACAUCACCGCGCAGGUGCCCAGCGGGGCGGAGUCCUACGUGGAGAACGGCAAGCCCGAGCUGACCCCCGGGGAGUUCCCCUGCGAGGUGUGCGGCCAGGCCUUCAGCCAGACCUGGUUCCUGAAGGCUCACAUGAAGAAGCACAGGGGCUCCUUUGACCACGGCUGCCACAUAUGUGGCCGGAGAUUCAAGGAGCCGUGGUUCCUCAAGAACCACAUGAAGGCGCACGGGCCUAAGACCGGGAGCAAGAACAAACCCAGGAGCGAGCCCGACCCCAUCGCCACCAUCAACAACGUGGUGCAGGAGGAGAUGAUCGUGGCUGGCCUGUCCCUCUACGAAGUCUGCACCAAGUGCGGGAACCUGUUUACAAACCUGGACAGCUUGAACGCGCACAACGCCAUCCACCGCAGGGUGGAAGCCGGCCGCUCGCGGGCCCCGGCGGGGGAGGGCGCGGUGCAUGGCGGCGCCCCAGACCCCCAGCAGCUCUUCCUUCGGUGCCUCAACCUGCGGCCUGCGGUGGCCGGCGCGCCCGCCCGCGGGCAGGCGGGGCGUCGUGUGGCCGAGCUAGACCCGGUCAACAGCUACCAGGCCUGGCAGCUGGCCACGCGGGGCAAGGUGGCCGAGCCCGCCGAGUACCUCAAGUACGGGGCGUGGGACGAGGCGCUGGCCGGGGACGUGGCCUUCGACAAGGAGCGUCGCGAGUACAUCCUGGUGAGCCAGGAGAAGCGCAAGCGCGAGCCGGAGCCGGGCGCGCAGGGGCCCCCGCGCAAGCGGGCGGGCGUGCCCGGGGACCCCCUGCCCGGGCCCCUGGACCCCAGGCCGGCUGCCCGCCCCAGCCGCCGCACCGCCGCCCCCGCGGGCCACGGCAAGUCGUCCGAGUGCUUCGAGUGCUGCAAGAUCUUCCGCACGUACCACCAGAUGGUCCUGCACUCGCGGGUGCACCGCCGCGCGCGCCGAGACCGCCACGGCCCUGGGGAGCGCGCGCCCCGGGCGCGCUGCGGCUCGCUCAGCGAGGGCGACUCGGCCUCGCAGCCCAGCAGCCCCGGCUCGGCCUGCGGAGCCGCCGCUGACUCCCCGGGCUCGGGCCUGGCUGAGGAGGCUGCGGACGAGAGUGGAGAGGACGGGGCGGCGGACCCUGCGGCAGGGGGAAAGCCUCUCCACUUCCGCUUUUCUGAAGAGGCAGCCUCGACCGCGCUCGCCAGCGGAGACCAGGGUCGCGCGCCCCGGACUGCCGCGUCACACACCGACACCGGGGAGCCCGGAGUGGGGAGCGCAGCCUCUGCGUCCGCACUCGGAAGCAGGAGCCAAGACGCUUCCAAGAGAGCAGAGCAGCCCCGGUUUUCCGUGGGCGUCAAAAUGCCGGCGUUUCACCCGAAGCAGGAGGCUGUGGUCUCCAGGGACGCCGCCGACUUCCCUUUCCAUUCAGAUCAGUCUUUCCCCGAAGGAGCCGACCUGCCGCUCUUGUCCACGAGCCCGGCUCAGCCCCUGAAGGAGAAGCCGUCUGACUUGCACAUGAAGGAGCACGCUGCAGGGGGCCGGAGGGGGCCGGCCCCAGACCUGGCGCCCCUGGACCUCAGCGAGAGAUCGAGCCGGGACGACCCCAGCCACAAGGAGCUGGCCUCGUCUCUGCAGGCCGCGCUGGCCGUUCACCCGUGUCCUUACUGCAACCACAAGACCUACUACCCCGAGGUCCUGUGGAUGCACGAGCGCGUGUGGCACAGGGUCAGCUGCAGCUCCGUGGCCCCCCAGUGGAUCCAGCCCAAUGGCUACAGGAGCAUCAGGAACAACUUGGUUUUCCUUGCCCGGAGCGGACGCACGGGCCCCCCGCCUGCCCUCGGGGGCAAAGAGUGCCAGCCGCUGCCCAUCGCCCGGUUCACACGCACUCAGGUGCCAGGUGGGGUGCCGGGGCCCAAAGGCGGCCCCUCCCCCCUGGGCGUGGCCACGAAAGCCGCCAGCCUGCCUAAGAGCAAGGACAGCCACUCCGGGGGCCCUUGUGCGCUUUGGGUAGCCGGCCCUGACGGGCCCCAACAGGCCAAAGCCGGCCACGGCCCCGAGCCACAUGGUGCCCCCGCACCGCCGUCCCUGCCGAAGCCCAGGCAGGAGGCUGGCCCGAGAGCGGGGCCCGCGGCAAGCGGCGGUGGCUUCAGCCGAUGUGCCACCCCCACGCCCUCCGUCAUCGCCCGAGCAGGAGCCCAGCCCCCCACAGGUAGCAGGCCGGGGGACAAGUAUGUCAUCCCUCCCACGGAGGCCAGCCUCGGCCCCCCGCAGAAGCACAGUGCCCCAGACCCUCCGAAAGCCAAAUUCAGCCCUCAUCCUCAGGGUCCGCCGCACGGGAAAGGCGAUGGGGGCCCCCCUCUACCUCCUCGCGAGCCCCCCUCCAAGGCCGGCCAGGAGCUGCGGCUGCCCACCAGCUGCGGAGCGGGCCCCAGGGGGAGCUCGGCCGUGCAGGCCAGCAAGCCGGAGCCCGCAGCGGACGGCCGCGAGAAACGCCUGGACAUCCUCAGUGUCUUUAAGACGUACAUUCCAAAGGACUUCGCUUCUCUGUACCAGAGCUGGGGUGCCAGCGGCCCUGCACUCGAGCACAGAGGGGAGAGACCGUUCUAACCCCAAUCCCGUCCAGCAGUGCCUCUCAGAAAGGGAACCUAGAGACUCGUUGCCGGCGUACCCUGGUGCCCCGUGACAGCCGUUCGCAGCCCCCCACGGACGUCCCGGCAGUGACCCCGACCCCCCGUGGAGGAGAAGCUGCAGGAGCCCCGACCGGAUGGCCCGACCCUGGCCCGACCCUGGCGCGGCCGUGCUGGAGCGCAGGCCGAAGGGAGAUGCUUCUGCGCCUUGGGAAACGGUUCGGAGCACACGAAGAUGGUCUCCUCCAGGAUCCCGUGUACAUACUCUGGGCAGCUCUGGGCUCAUCGACCGCCGUCCCCUAUUUUCUUACCAUAAACCGUGCUGUUGGCAGGUACGCUCAGAGCACAGGCCUCUGUGUUGCUGGAGACACGUUUGAGACACUGGAGAGAGAUUCUUGUGCGUGUCAGAGAGACGGAAGAGCCGGGCGCCGGCGGGAGCUGCUGACGCUCGGAGGACAGUCGGGUAACGCCAGGACACGUGGUGGGGCGGCUGGUGGAGCGUUAGUGCCGCAGCCCGUCUGUGUCGUAGCGGGUGUUUAAAGUCGUCCACGAGAGAGAGGAAGGAGGGAGCGCCGGGCACUGCGGAAAGCAGGCUCGGUGGCGUGGGGCCACGGUGUGGUCCUAACUGGUGGCCUUUGGGGGCCGUGGGUGUUUCCCGUUUGCUCUUCCCGUCCUUCCCGUCCUUUGUGCUCAGCGAGCCUGCAGGGGACCCACACCCGUGGGAGUGCGUAUAUUUGCUUCGGGAAAGAGCUAGUUGAACACUAAGACAAGCAGGCUUCUUUGUUUAUUCUCAGGACCUUUUUGUAACAGGGCUACACUCUGCGACUGCUCCCCAAGGAAGACUGCCCGUAAAUUCUCUAGCCACUGAAACUCCCUGCCCCGGUCUAGACCCGUUUCAGUGAUGGCGGGAGCAUCCCUGAGCAGAUCCGGGGGCCCUGGUGCUCUGGAAACCUGUGCUCCCCUCCCUCCCAGCUGCCCCCCCACCAGCCCAGCUAGUAGGUGUCUUUUCUUCUCGGGCCCGGGGACCUCCAUGGGAUGAGUCCCUUCAUUCCCGGGGCGUGGAGGUCCCCUGGCCCCUGGGUGGGGGCAGCUUCAUAUACCUCUUCCUCAGUCCCGCAAAUGCAAGUUUUUGUGGUGGGGGGUUAAGGCCCAUAACAAAGGAUCUUAAACCGUGCAGUGUACGCAGCUAAAAUUGUAUUCCACAGAUAUAAAUAUUUUCUUUUCCUGUUACCGUGGCACUGUGUGCGAUGGUAAUAUUUCUGAGAGUUUCAGAUUUUUGCACAUAUGAUUUUAUGCAUUAUCAAAAGUUGCUGCCUUGAAUGACAAUGUUCUGUGAAAUUUUUUGCAAAAGCUUUACUAGGUUUUUUUUAAUUGUGACAUUUUGUAAAGGCAGGAAAUGGAUUAAAAACGAGCAUGCUAAAUAUAUUUUUCAAAAAAGCAAUAAUUUUACAUGUACAGAAAUUAUCCUAACCUUUAAUACUGGUGAGAGCAACAGUUUACUUAAUACAGUAAUGGAUCAGCGCAGUUUUUUGUAGAAAAUGGGCUUCUGAUACAAAGAUCUGUUUAAACUUGUGCGCGCGCAGACACAAACCCUGAAGUGUGGUUUUCCUGUUCUAAUGAUUUGUUGAAUUAUUAUAUUAUUAUUAUUGUUGAUGUUGUUAUUAGUUAAUGUUUGGUUCUGGAUUCUACUUGUUACUGAAUUUAAGUUACUUGAGGUUCCGGUUACUUUGCAGCACUUGGAAACAGUGGGAUCUAACUGGGUAGCUCCUCUUUACGUAUGGAUGUACACACGCGUAUGCCUGUGCACGCGAUGUUUUCACUCACUUUUUCCGGAUCCUCGUACACCAGGUUUGUACCGGAACGAUCUGUUGUGUUGGCGUAAUUAGGAACAUUCACGCCGAUUGUAUCGAGCAGCUGUGAUCGACUGUUUCUGUAUUUUGAGCAAAGUUGCAGAGACACAUUCCUCUGUUAGAAAUCAGAAUGCCUUUCUGUUGACUUCUGUUUGAUCAUUUCCAUAGUUUCCCCACAGUGAUAAGUUCCGGCUUUCAUUUUCUCGGCUAAAAGUGAACAGUGACAAGUCAGGGCGCACAGGGGCUCCAGACCCGGUCCUGUCUUUCUCUGUGUUCUAGCGAUUAAAAGCAGUUCUGUCCCCAAAGUGACACGGAGCUGUCCUGUCCCUUCUUCCUGUUUUGGAAGCUCCCCCCACCCCCCUCCCCGACCCCGGAGCCCCGCCAGCGGCCGGAAUGGCCAGGUGGCGAGAGGGGUGCACCCCGGGUCCCGCGGGCAAAGCGCGCAGUCCAAGUCGGCUUGCGGGAGCGCGUGCCUGGCCCCGUGCAGAAGGCGGCGUCCCCGGCACGGAGCAGGGGAGGAGGCUGCCCUCCAAGCCACGCUGUCUGGGGCUGGACUGUGGCUUCCUUCUCACUGGUCAGCAGUGUGGUUGGGUCUGUUCAUGCGUUGUUGUCUGUUUGACCAUAGUAUUUAAUAUGAUUUGUGUUUUCUUAUUUAUUUAGCCAAUAUGUUUUGAUUUGCUUUUUUUCGAACGGUAAUUUCCACGUGAUCUCUCCUGUAAGUCAUCUUCUGACUGUUACAGACUCUUUCUACUACCUCUACCGACCUGCUGUUUCCUUGUUUCCUAACAGGAUUUUUACAGUGUUGGCGUCUGAUGUAACUUAGACAAUAAAGGGUUUGGUUGUCUACACCGCAGCAGCUUCUCCGUGUGUCUCCCCGCCCCGCCGGCGCCCUCGCUGCUCCGGGGCGGCUGUCGGUCUGGCUGUCCUCGCCCCCUCUCCUCCCCGCUCACGUCUUUCCUCAUUGUCCCCGUCCGGUCCCACAGAGUGACGAUGAGCUGAGGAGCGUUUCAGGUCACUCACUCACACUCCUUAACUCGAAGAAGGCAGCGUCUGUUCUCCGCAGCGUCCGCCGCCGGCCCCUCCCAGGACGCAGCCCGCCUCGGCCGCUCCGCCGCCUGCUCCGGGCGGGUCCCUCGGCCUCUCCGACGGCUCCGUCUCCCGCCGGUCCGAACGCAGCGCAGACCUGCAGGGCUCGGGGAUUUUGCCUUUCUAGUUUCGAAAAGUAUGAAAUACUCGGAGCGGUUCCUCUGAUACUCAUUUAUUUUCGAAAUCAAGAAAGACACCGGUUUCCCAAGAAGCGCGCCCGGGAAGCUGCUCGCGGUAGUCCUGGCCUGUGGCCCCUGCGCCGGGUGAGGGACGUGGCUCUUGCCCUCUGUGUCCGGAGCCACGUUCAGACGUGGCCGCUCUGUCACAGGUCACGUAAUGUUCCGGAAACAUCCGGAACAAGGGCCCGCGCACAGCAGUUGGUAAGCAAGCCCCGCUUUCGGACGGGCGCAGCCUCGAGUGCGGCGCGGACGGGGAGCCGCUGGCUGACAGCGGGACAGCCAGAGCGCUCGGAGCCCGUGGGACGGGUGUCGCCUCGAUCCUGCAGGGACGACACCUGUUGGUCUGUGCCCCAGAGACGCUGUGCCUCCGGGAUUCUCGUGCCCAGAUUCCCUUUACCAGCCCCUGCUCUAAAGCCAACAUGCUGACUCUCAAGCCCUGAGGGUGUCCGUGGCGCGGAGCGAGCGGGGCCGUGUUUGUCUCUUGUCGCUGAGCUCCGGGUGCGGAGCCUUCUGUCCCCGGAGUGAAAGGGAACCACGGCCAGGGCUCCCGGAGGUGGUUUCGGUGCAGGCCGGGCCCCUGCACGCCCGUGGGACGGGACCGAGGGGGCUUCAUUCUUCAUCCACUGCGCUAAUUACACUCUGAAGCAGUAAAAUGCAAAAGACCAUAGAGUUUGUAUUUCUUUUUUUUUAAAUACAGUUUAUAACAUUAUAUUUUGUACUCUUUAUAUUAGAUUUGUAACUAGAUGGAUGUAUUUAACUCUAUUUCUGAAAAAAUAAUUCAGUGUUUCAGUUAUGUGAAAAAAUAUUUAGAUAAAACAUAUUCAUUCUAUUGGACUUUGAAAUCAAUAAAAAGAUCUUGGAGUUGCUGA